GCUAGAAAGAUGAAAGAUCAUUACUGGUCACUAAGUUGUAAAAAUGGGUACCCAAAAAUCCCAACUCACACUACUCCUUUUCUUGACCUUAGCUUCACUAACAUGCCUCACUUCAAGCCUCCCCACUGAGUUCUCAAUCCUACGCAACACGGACGAGUUCAUCGCCGAGGAGAGAGUCUCUGAGGUCUUCCAUAAAUGGAAGGAGAGCCAUGGAAAGGUGUACAAGAAUGCAGAGGAGGCCGAGAAGAGGCUCGAAAACUUUCGGAACAAUCUGAAGUUUGUGAUGGAGAGGAACAGCAAGAGGAAGUCGAGUUCGGAUCAGUUGGUUGGGUUGAACAAGUUUGCUGAUAUGAGCAAUGAAGAGUUUAGGAAGGUUUAUUCGUCGAAGGUGAAGAAGCCGGUGGAAAAGAGGAUGACGAUGGAGAGAAGGAAGAUGGAGGGGAAGAAGAAGAUGACAGCCUGUGAAGGGCCGUCGUGGUUGGAUUGGAGGAAGUUUGGGAUUGUCACCGCGGUUAAGGACCAACUAGAUUGCGGAAGUUGUUGGGCAUUCUCUUCAACUGGAGCCAUGGAAGGAAUAAACACAUUGGUGACUGGAGAUCUGAUUAGCCUUUCAGAACAAGAACUAGUGGAUUGUGAUACAACCAAUGAUGGUUGUGAAGGUGGAUACAUGGACUAUGCUUUUGAAUGGGUCAUUAGCAAUGGAGGGAUUGAUACAGAGGCUGAUUAUCCGUACACUGGCGAGGAUGGUAACUGCAACACUACCAAGGAGAAAACAUAUUAUGUUACAAUUGAUGGAUAUGAAGAUGUAGAAGAAGAUGAAACUGCUCUGUUUUGUGCUGUUCUUAAGCAACCUAUCAGUGUUGGCAUAGAUGGUAGUGCCAUAGAUUUUCAACUUUAUACUGGGGGAAUCUACGAUGGAGAUUGCUCCGGUGAUCCAAACGACAUAGACCACGCCGUCCUGAUCGUCGGCUAUGGCUCCGACGGCGAUGACCAGUACUGGAUCAUCAAAAAUUCGUGGGGAACUACUUGGGGUAUUAGUGGCUAUGGUUACAUCAAACGCAACACUUCCGAUCCCUUCGGUGUCUGCGCAAUCAACGCCAUGGCUUCUUAUCCAACCAAAGAGUCCUAUGCCCCAUCCCCGUUGAGUCCUCCUUCGCCGCCUUCACCGGCCACUCCGCCGCCGCCUCCUCCUCCUCCUCCUCCUCCUCCUCCGCCGCCGUCUCCUUCGCCGAGUGAGUGCGGGGACUACUCGUAUUGCCCUGCGACUCAGACAUGUUGCUGUAUAUUUGAGAUAUUUGAUGUGUGUUUCGUCUAUGGUUGCUGUGAGUACACGGAUGCUGUGUGCUGUACUGGUACUGAUUAUUGCUGCCCUCAUGAUUAUCCUAUUUGUGAUGUUGAAGAAGGGCUCUGCUUCCAGAAUGCUGGAGACUACGUAGGAGUAGCUGCAAAGAAGAGAAAGAUGGCCAAGCAUAAGUUCCCAUGGACUAAAUAUGAAGAAACAGAGCAGAAGAACAAACCUCUGGAGUGGAAGAGGAACAGCUUUGCAGUGAUGCGCUGAGAAGCAGGGGAGUUGAUAAUUCAUCGCUUGUUCGAUGUCUGAGGGUUUGUUGUCACCAUUGAUAUAUUGUUUUCCUCCUCGCAGGAACAUUUAUCAUAUUGUUUUGAGAACAUAUUUCAUCAUCGGCAUUGAAGUUGUGUAUGAAGCAAAAUAUAGAACCAUAGACACCGGGGAAAAUAUAUAUUUUUUCUCUGGAAUCUGUAUUUUGUGACAUUUUUUCAUUGAUGUUUGAUGUUUUAUUUGUUAGAGUUUAUUUUCUGCAUACUAGCUUAAAAUUGUUGUCAAGGGCUUGUAAUGAUCACAAGGGCUAGUGGAUUGGUCUAUGAGAAACAUGUUUUGUUGUUUAAACAUUUCUGGUUUGAAGGUUGCGAUAUGAAUAAUACUUGGUUGAGUGUAGGA